CAAAUCUGACCGUAGUGAACUGAGUCUUAAGAGCCCAAGUAUUACCCACAGCUUAAACCAUAAUUUACUAAACAGCCCAAAACAAGCUCCCUCUCCCUCUGAUUAUUGUUCAAUUUCUUAAACCCUAAUUACAAACCCCCACAGAUUUUUCUAUUCUGGGCAGCUUGUAGGUUGAUUAUAAUUGCCUAGUGAAAAAUGGAUGUUAAGAUUGCUGAUAAGUCUCGUAGAGCGCGGAGAAAAGAAGCCCGGUUGGAGAAGAAUAAGAAGAAGUUUAGUUCCUGGGUUGAUCAUCAACAAUCGCGGAAAUUGAGCAAGAAAUAUAAGAAUGAGAAGUCCAAGACUGUGAAAUUUUUGGAAGAUGAUAUUUGUGUUUUGAGGGGGAUGGGAAUGGUGCCGAAGGAUUGUGAGAAUGAGGUUGUUUCUGGAUUUGAGGAACCUUCAGAGGUGGGAAGCUUUGUGGAUAGUGUGCAAGCACCAGUGGUUCUUGAUGGUAAUGUGUCAAAGACUGUUAAGAGGAAAAAGGGCUCGGUUAAAAAAUCGAAGUUUGAAGAGUUUAUGGAAAUGGAUAGGCAGGGAAAUAAUGCUUCUGCUGAAGAGGACUUGAGAUUAGAGAGGAAACUUGCGAAGAAACUUAAGAUCAAAGAUGGGAAAUUAUCCGGGAAAGAUGCUAGUAUAGAUAUGCUGUUGGAUGGAAUUUCAUCUGUUUCUAAUGGUGGAGGAAAAGGAGAAAACGAUGAAGCUUCAGGGAAAAGCCUCCUGAAGGCCAGUUCUCGUAAUAGGAGUCGAAAGUCUAGAUUAGUGGAUGAAGAACGAGAAAAAUUGGAGACUGAGAAGGCUGGUCAUAGUGGGGAUGAGGUACCUGAGUCAUUGGAUCCCGGGACUGUGAAAAAUCAUGACAUGAAAAACACUAACAUACCUAGUUUGGAUAAAAUGGAAUUGGAUUCCUUGGUUGGUUUAAAAUCCAUGUCAAAAGUUAGGAAGGCUAAGAAAACAAAGUUUGAAGAGUACCUUCAAAUGGACGUGAAGAAGGAUUUUGUGUCUGCUGAGGAGGAUAUGGAGGUAGAGAAGAAACUUUCGAAGAAAUUGAAGGUGAAAAAUGGAAAAUUAAGAGGAGAUGAUGAUGACAUGAAUAUGCUAUUUGAGGGUCUCCCAUCUACACUUUUUUCUUCUGCACACGAGGAGAUUCCAGAUGCUGAGGAAGAUCCUCAGAAGACCCUAGAGGAUUGCUCUACUCGUGGAAAACGUAAAAAAAAGGGGACAAAACAAGAUUCACAGAUGGCACCUGAUACUAUGGUUGCUCAAUCUGAAGCUGUAGUAAGGAAUGUGAAAUAUGUAGCUCCUCACCUGAGAUCUCAAGGGAGAAUUGAUUCAAAUGAUCACCCUCAAAUACGUAGACGUGUGAGAGGUCUUUUGAAUAGGUUGUCAGAAUCUAAUGUUGAAGCAAUAACAGGGGAAGCCUUUUCAAUAUUCCGUGAUGUUGGUCGCAGCAUUGGUUCUGAAAUUAUCAGUGCUGAGGUAUUGGCAGCAUGUUCUGGCGGUCCUCGCGGCAAUGAACAGUAUGCUGCAGUUCAUGCAGCUUUUGUUGCAGGUAUGUCUUGUAUGGUUGGGAUCGAUUUUGGUGCAAAGCUUCUUUCUUUGCUUGCUAGAGCUUUUGAGGAUGAGUAUACGAAGGAGGACAAUCUUUCAUUGCGUAAUCUGAUCCUUUUGUUCUCCUACAUAUACAUAUUUGGAGUUUGCUCAAGUGAGUUAAUGUAUGAUUUCAUAGCAAUGCUGAGCAAACGGUUGACAGAAGUUGAUGUUUCUAUUAUCUUGACAGUUUUACAAUCAUGUGGUAUGAAACUAAGGAGUGAUGACCCAGCUGCUAUGAAAGAUUUCAUUGUUAGCGUACAGAACAGAGUGAAUGAGUUGAAGUCAAAUUCAGAAAUUAAUGACGCGAGCAAGGGUGGCAGAAGAAUGGAGUUUAUGCUUGAAACCAUUUGUGAUAUCAAGAACAACAAACAAAAGCCUAAAGAGGAGAAUGUGCAGCAGACCAAGAUGAAAAAGUGGCUACUGAAGUUGAAAGUAGAUGAAAUUCUAAUCCGUGGUAUUAAAUGGAACACACUUCUUGAUCCUGAUAAGAAAGGUCAGUGGUGGUUGUCAGGAGAAAUGUCAUCAGACAGAGACAAUAUUGAAGAGAUUGCUAGCAAAACUGACUUAGAGAUUACUGAAACUCAGAAGAUGCUUCAGCUUGCUGCUGCACAACGGAUGAAUACAGAUGCAAGAAGGGCAAUCUUUUGUAUAAUCAUGAGUGGUGAGGACUACAUCGACACUUUUGAGAAACUCCUAAGAUUAGAUUUACAAGGGAAGCAGGAUAGAGAGAUCAUGCGAAUAAUUGUGGACUGCUGUUUGCAAGAGAAAGUAUUCAAUAAGUAUUAUUGUGUUCUGGCGUCCAAGCUAUGUAGCCAUGACAAAAAUCACAAGUUCACAUUACAGUACUGCCUAUGGGAUCAUUUUAAGGAAAUGGAAUCAAUGGAGCUGAACAGAUCAAUGCACCUGGCCAAGUUUAUUUCUGAGAUGCUUGCCUCCUACAGCAUCUCCCUUGCAGUCCUGAAGGUUGUCGAUUUUCAUGACGUGCACCAACUCACUCCGAAAAGAAUCAUGCACUUCCGAAUGCUAUUUGAGGCCAUCUUUGCAUUUCCAGAGAGUCUCGUCUGGAAUAUGUUCACCCGUAUAGCUGUCACCCCUGAGUAUGAACCCCUUAGGAGUGGAAUCAAAUUUUUCAUACGCAAGUAUGUAGCUAGCAGCCAAAAAUCAUUAGCAGACAAAAUCAAGGUUGCAAAGAAAGCCCUCAACAACGCUGAAGGGACCAUUUUAUAGUUUUGUGGUGCAGUCUCAACCUAUUUGCUGGAGAUACGCUCAAGCAUCUAUAACGUUGUAUGCAGGCUGUAACGCAAAUGUAACUUGAACAAACGAAGUACUAAUUGAUUGAGUGGAGUGUUGCAGGGCUGCUCUUUGUUAUAAACUUGUACUAAUCUAUCAAAUAGGCAGAGUGCUAGGACAUGAUAUUGAGUAAUAGUAUGUGUGUUAGCUUCUUGCAUCAUACGAGGCAAUAAAAAAUUAAAAUCGCAUUUCAGCUUGUAUUCUUGAGUAAUAAGGUUUAGAAAAAGAAUCCUGUUUUCUGUGAGAGAAAACUAGUCCACUGUUGAUUGGUUAUAUUAAAACAUCUUUUGAAAAAUUUUAAAAUUUCAGAGUUCUUGAGAAAUGAGUAAAA